GAUUCAAAUCUCUGAUCUGUGCAUGCAUAUGAAUCUGUGUAUAUUGAUAUCUGGAAAAUUCUGAGUUGCCAGCUGCAGGGCUGAAAUACAAUACACAGCAGGUGUAGGAUAUCAUUUUCAAAUUUCUAAGGAACUGGAAUGGAUCUCCUGAUGGGCGAACUGUGAUCUUGUCAUCCUUUCUUCCAUAGUCUUUGUUGCAGCCUAUGGUUGCAUAAUUAUCUACCACAGAGACACUUCAUUUGAUCACAACAUCACGACAGUGCCAACAGCAUGGAGAAGCAAGUUGAGGUUCGAAUGCAUGAGUGUCACUUUGAAGCUCCAGCUCCUCCUCCAGGACCAGCAUGUGGAGGUCUCUGUAAUAAAUUCAUGAAGAACUUGCUUCUAGCACUCACAGUUCUUGGUGUGAUUGUAGGUUCGGUGGCUGGCGUCCUUCUGCGUUAUGCAUCUCCACUUCAUCCAGAUAUUAUCAUGAUCAUCGCUUUUCCUGGUGAUAUUCUCAUGAGAAUGUUGAAGAUGGUGAUUUUGCCUCUGAUCAUCUCCAGUUUAAUCACAGGUCUGGCAGGUUUAGAUGCCAAAUCGAGCAGUCGUCUGGGCACCAGAGCCAUGGUGUAUUACAUGUCCACAACAAUCAUUGCUGCAGUGCUGGGGGUGCUUUUGGUGCUGGCUAUCCACCCGGGCCACCCCAAACUAAGAUCCAACUUGGGAGAGGGCAAGAAGAACGAUGAUGUCUCCACAUUAGAUGCCUUUUUUGACCUUAUACGAAAUCUUUUUCCAGAGAAUCUGGUACAGGCUUGCUUUCAGCAGAUCCAGACUGUUACAAAUAAGGUAGAGGUGUCAACACCUCAUCAUCCCCAUCGCUUUGGACGAAAUAGCACCAAGUGGGCAGCAAAAUAUGUUAUGAAGAAAUCCCUUCAGUUCAAGAGCGGCAUGAAUGUGUUAGGGAUCAUUGGUUUCUUUGUGGCUUUUGGAAUCUGCAUGGGAAAGAUGGGGGAGAAAGCCAAGCUGAUGAUGGACUUCUUCAACAUUCUCAACGAAAUCGUCAUGAGGCUUGUCGGCAUGAUUAUGUGGUAUUCUCCUGUGGGGAUUGCGUGCCUGAUCUGUGGCAAGAUCAUUUCAAUUAAUGACUUGGAGGUGGUGGCCAAGCAGUUGGGGAUGUACAUGCUCACAGUCAUUGUGGGUCUCAUCAUCCAUGGUGGCAUCUUUCUCCCACUGAUAUAUUUUGUCAUUGUUCGAAAGAACCCUUUCCAAUUUUUUAUGGGAGUAUUUCAAGCUUGGGUGACUGCGUUAGGAACAGCUUCCAGUGCUGGUACGCUGCCUGUCACGUUUCGUUGCCUGGAGGAAAACUUGGGCAUUGAUAAAAGAGUUACUCGAUUUGUGCUUCCUGUUGGUGCGACAAUAAACAUGGAUGGCACAGCACUUUAUGAAGCAGUAGCAGCCAUUUUUAUCGCACAGAUGAAUGGAAUAAAACUUGGUCCUGGUCAGAUUGUUACAGUAAGCCUGACGGCUACUCUUGCUAGUGUGGGAGCUGCCAGUAUUCCCAGUGCUGGCCUUGUCACCAUGCUGCUGAUCCUCACUGCUGUGGGACUGCCCACCCAAGACAUCAGCUUACUGGUCGCUGUUGACUGGCUUCUGGAUCGCUUCCGAACAUCAGUCAAUGUUAUUGGAGACUCUUAUGGAGCGGGCAUCGUGUACCACCUCACCAAAGACGAGCUUAACAUGUUCGAUGCCCAGCAGAUAAGAACAGAUGACUUUGAGAUGACCAAAUCACAAUCCUUCUAUGAGAAUAACACAAACCAUGGUGUAUAUGCCUCGUACAACUCCUGUCCACAAGUGCUAAUAGAUGACUGCAAGAUCAACUUGACCCCAAAUGGCUCCCCUGCUGUCUUUUCCGUUACUGAGGAGGAACCUUGGACACAAGAAUAAAACAGAUCCAGCUUCGCCUUAUACCGGGUCCUGCAAGCUUGCUAUUCUGGGUGAAAACAAAUUUAAUGAAUGCAAAAUUUAUGGUGAUUACCACAAGCAUCAAACAAUUAUUAUUAUGCAUGUAUUAUACUAGAACAGACAUUUGUAUGAUCAACUCCUCAUAAUCUUGUUGAAUUUGGGCCUUUAUUGUGUGGACAAAGAUCUAUGCCAGUGAUCUUAAAGUUGUAAAUUCAAAGUGGUUCCAGUGCAAAUGUCCUAUCCCACCACAACCACAACUUUGAGUGAAGUCCAAACCCUAUAACUGAUCACUGCUGGGAACUUAAAUAAGGCCCCCUGAUCAAAGCUUAAAUCUUUAAAUAGCAGUACUCUAAAUGUCAUCGUUUCAUAUAUUUAUGGCAAAUUAAAGGUUUUGUCCAAAGUUCUACCUAUGGUGUGUCUAGAGUAGGGGUUCCCUCAUCAUCUGGAGUCUAGAAUUUUCCAAACCAGACUCCAGGUGAGCAGUCUAAAAACCCCAUCUUUUCUCCCGAUCUUUUCUUCCUUGUUAAUCAGAAAUUAUACAUAUAAUAUAUAAAACCAGAGAAAGGCUUGGGCUCACUGCUAGCGGCAAGAUAAUAGAAGUGCAACUUGCCCUCACAGACUUGGCUUAGAGGGAUUAAGCCUUGGUGUCGGCACUCAAGAUCAGCCUCUUACCCUUACAUGACAGCUAUUCCAAAACCCAACCCCUCCCAGCACCCCCACUCCCUAACCACCACACCAAAGCUGCAUCACAGUGCUGGAUUUAGCCUCUAAGGCUUAUUUUAACCACCAACGCAACCACCACGCAAGCAAUUAAAUUGCAAGAACAUGCAGAAAGGCUGAUAUCAAACACUGGCAAAUCUAUAUGAGGACAGCUUAUUUGACACCACCUUUGACAUUGAGUCAGAGUGUACACGAUUAAGAGAUUAAGACAUGCUGAUACAAUUCUAAAAUUUAUGAAUUCAGUCCAUGUACGCACACAUUUCCUUUAAUCGUAUUUGUUUAAAAGCCCUGCCUUGAAUACAGCAAGUUUCAAUUGUACAUAAUGCAAAGAUGAGUAAUAUUAACUCCUUUCUUUUUGUCUCACAGAAAGUGAAUUAUGUGUAAAGUUCAAAAAUAGGGUUAAACUGAAUGGAUUUUGCCGCAUUGCAGCAGUGGUGUUUUAUAAGGCUCUCAUCACACAUCACACACACUGCCAAUGAUGUAUUUAAAUAGUGGGAGGACAAAAAGGGAAAAAAAUUGUUCAUGGAGAAAUGAAAUGAAAUCCUCUCUGCUUCACCAUGAAAAUACACCCUUUUUUGUACUGUAAUCAUCUAUAAUGACUUUCAAUUGUUCAGUCUUUGCUAAUCUUGCUAUUCAUAUUAAAGUGCCUCUUUGCACUUUGUGUAUUUGUUAUUCGUUAGCUAUAAUAAGGCUUUCUUAUGUGACCUGAG